CUUGUAGUACAUGAGUAUAUAAGUAUAUGACCUAAAACUGUACGUCGCAGUGUGUGUUGGAGAAUCACAACAAGCCCUCUCAAAGUUGAUCGUGUCCUCCAAACCGUCCAACAGGUGUCAUCUUUUCAUUCAGUGUAGAGCCAUGUCCUCGAGGAGCCCUGAACGUCCUAGUCCCGCUGCUCCGUGCCAGCCCUCUUCCUCCUCAGCUGAAAGCAGUAGCUACAUGGUGCCCGAUCCGUGGGACUCUGGGCUCCUCUUCCCAGUGACACGGUCUACCCUGCUGGCUCGACAUCUCCUGCGUUUACGCGGCUGCAGCAGCCACGGGCCCGUUACGCGCCGCAAAAGAGAGAUGAUCCCCUCCGACAAGAAAGAUGCCACCUACUGGGAUAAGCGAAACAAGAACAACGAGGCUGCCAGGCGGUCCAGGGAGAAAAGAAGGAUGAACGACCUGAUGAUGGAGAGUCAGCUGCUGGCUAUGGCCGACGAGAACGCACAGCUGCGGGCUCAGGUGCUCAGCCUGCAGUAUCACAGUCGUCUGACUGCAGAAAAGAGCAAAGCCGCCUUUGCUGAAACGUUUGCUUUGCCUUCGUCAGCUAAACCGAAGAGCCGGUUUGAGCCACCUGGCCUCUUCCAGGCAGGACUCUGGUGCGACAGCAAGAGCAGCCCAGCUUCUGUCCUCAGCAUGAGAGAACAAGAAAAAGCGAUCCACCCACCUGAGGCGAAGAUCCCCUGUUUUAGCUCGACUCGAGGUUUUGGUGGUUUUGAUGGUUCUUACAGCUGUGGCACACAGCAAGGCCUCUCCCCCCUCUCCGGGCCCCGUGCCGGCUCUCAUCGAACAGUCCUUGAGGGCGGGAGGUCAGCGGAGGCAGAGAUGGAUGCUCAGCGACAGGUCUCCUCCAGCGAUGACAUCCCCAACUCCCUCGCCUCUCCCAUCCGUGCGUUGCUGUCCACUGCAGACACACUCCACAAGGCCUCGGUCCUCUCAUACCCUGCUCCAGGUUGGGUGGUGCCCCACGCGGAUCACCCGGCAGUGUGUAAUAAUUUUAUACUGCCUUGGCGGUCUGCCUACCUGCCCCCACCGGCCAUCUGCCCAGGCCUGCCUCUCUACAUACAGGAGACACAAGACCAGGGUCUCGGUGUGGAGGCAGACGCUCACCGGGGGUUCAAGGGGAGGUUGAGCAGCGCAAUUCCACCGGCAGGGCUGUCUCAGCUGGGGAUGCACCUUCGUCCUGAUGGACACUAACGGGACAGUUUGACUGUCAUGGCGUGAAUUACAAGGGAAUGAUAAAAACAACUCUUACUGUGCACUAUUGACGUUGCAUUGAUGUCUUGUAAAAUAAAAAAAAUUCAGAAUUAGCUGUGGAUGUUUUAAAUCGCCAGGGAAUACUAAAGAGGCGUUGUGAUUUGGAUAACAAGUCCGACCGCAGCGUACAGGGCUUUCAGUUUAUUUUGUCAUAAUGAAACACAUAUUUUUGUAUAUAAUAUGCAUGUGUGUAUGGAGUAUCCGUCGAUAAAUUUUCCAAAAUUGCAUUUCAACGCAGCUCAUACAAUGAAUUUAGUAUCCUGGCUUUCUGUGGGCUCUUUCUGUUCAUCACAGUGAAAACUGUUGUUACAUCGCACAAACAGACCAGCACUGUGGGAAAAGCUCUAAAUCUCUUUAACAAUUACGCAGUCUAUUUCAAUCGUUUAUUAAUCGCCGUUUUGUUCUUCACUAUUAAGCAGUGAUUGAUGAAGUAUCAGAAGAUAAACAAGUCAUUCCAAGUAUUAUUUUUCGGCUAUGAUUAGAGAUAUAAAUGAGGCUAAAUACUGAACUGAUUGGAUUGAAAGAUGGGUUGAGAUUUUUGCCGUUUUUCUGCGGUGAAAAACAUCGGCAAAAUGAGCCGGUGGCAGUGGGUGCUUGUUGACUUGGUAUUUCCCUUUAUCCCCACUGCGUGAUUUCCCAGCAGACUUUGAAUGGAAAGCCAAACGUUAAACCAUUCAUUUGUAGACCUGCAGCUUUGUAUGAGACAGGAACCUCCACUGUACAGGGUCAGGCCUCUCUUUUUGCUUCAUUUUUGUUUAAGUCAGGACAUGUCAAUGCUAAAUG